GAUGAACAGAGAGCGACAAUGCUGGUUCUACUGGAUCUAAGUUCUGCUUUUGAUACUGUAGACCACACUAUUCUUUUAACAUGUCAAAAAGAAAUUGGCUACUCUGGUACUGUUCACAGAUGGUUCUCAUCUUAUCUCAGACAGGACUUUUAUGGUAAGUUUAGAUACCUGUUCCUCUAGGGUUCAUAGGAUUACAUGUGGUGUGCCUCAGGGUUCAGUUUUAAGCCCAGUGCUUUUUAACCUUUAUAUGCUCCCUCUUGGUGGUGUCAUCAGGAGACAUGGAGUCAACUUUCACAGCUAUUCAAAUGAUACGCAGUUGUGCAUCCGUGUCUCCUGAUGACACACGGCCAAUGGAUGCACUUUUUAACUGCAAUUUAGACAUCAAAUCCUGGAUGGCAGAAAACUCUCCAGCUCAGCCAGGUUCUGAGGCUCAGAGAGAGAAAAUUUUGGAUGUUUCGCGGCCGUUUCCUAAUGCUUUGACUUGCAAUGAAAAGAAAGGUUUGCUAUUUACCUUCUACACCUCGGAUUUCACCUACAACACCAGCAGCGCUGUCACAUCCAGAAGUUCUCAGAUGACUUGGCUGUGUGUCAGUGGGGAAUGACCUGAAGUACAGGUCAGUCAUCAUAGACUUUAUUGACUGGUGUUUGCUGGAACACCAGUAAGACAAAGGAGAUGGUGAUUGACUUCCAGAGAAACACUACUCCACAGUCACCAGUAAACAUCCAGGAUUCAGACAUUUAGGUGGUGAAUACCUUUAAGUACCGGGGUGUUCACCUGAGCAGUAAACUAAACUGGUCCAACAACACAGAUGCUCUGUAUAAGAAGGGACAAAGCCGCCUCCACGUCCUGAGGAGGCUGAGGUUCUUCAAAGUUAAUCCCCAGCUGCCAACUACAUUCAGUAGAGGAGAUGUGUGAAAGGAGGAUGAUGGUGAAGAUGACCUCCAUCUUAAAAAAACAUCUCACCCACUGCAUUCCACUGUGGAGGCCUUGGACAGCUCCUUCAGUGGCAGACUGAGACAUCCCAGAUGUAAAAUAGAACGCUACCAUAGGUCGUACAUCCCCUCUGCAGUAAACGUGUAUAAUGGCUCUGUUACACAAUGACAUCAAUGCAAUAUUCAGAAUGUGUUCAGUACUUGUGCACUGAUGUACAUUAGUAUGUCAGUGUCCUUUAUGAUGCAUAUUUCUGGAAACCCAAGUUUUUAUUUUAUUCGUUGAUUUUAGUGGUUGAAGGUUACAAUAAUAGCUUAUUUUUCUGCUUAUUUUUCUCUAAGUGUAUGUUCUGUUGUAAGGAGUGAUUUUCCCCACUGUGGGAAGAAUUCUAUUCUAUUCUAUUCUAUUCAAGCAGCUCCGACUGUGCUGCGGGCGGAGAAAAGGCUUUGAACAUCUUUGUUAAAUAUAAUCUGUGUUUGUUAUCCAAUUCCAUUAUUUGGUUCUUUUCUGAACACAGAUAUGUUUUUCAGACAUCACAGAGAUUUGGACUAAUAAAUACCAGGACAUUUUACAGGUAAGCAUUGUACCCUAGAAAAAAAGUCCCAGUAUGAUGAAAGGUCAAAAUUAGAAGUGGUGUCAGGUGAUGCUGAUCAGAUGAUCAAAUCCUGGCAGCCAUUGUUUCUUCUUACUCACUCAAACCCACCCUGCAUACUCAUCAUUGCGCAAUGUGCACUUUGUGUUAACUCAAUUGGCCCUAAAACACCACCUUAUACUGGUUCUUCCAAAAUGGUCACUUAUGGUGCUUUUUCAUCUGGGCCAGCAUGGACCAGACUGGGUAGCUUUUAAAGUGUCCAUAUCUAGGUUUUCUGCACUAAACCAGUCGAACCAAAGAGGUCUGCUUUGGGCUGAACAGGUCCAACACACCCAUUACCUACUGAUUGGCCGGUUCAAACUCACUGCUCACUGCUGUGAGGAGUGCACACACACACAGAAACACACAAAGAGAUUUAAGCUGCACAGCCAUUGUUUAAGGGAGUCACCACUGACUUUCUCUGUGCUUUAUUUGGCCCAGCUCACCAGCUAGGAGAUGUCCCCAUUCAUGAGAAGUGUGUGUGAAGAAAACCUACUGGUGCAGGACCCGGACAAAUGCCACACAGUCCGAUCCGUGCUUGCCCAGAUGUGAAAGCGCCAAUACAGGCCCGAUUAGUCACAUGACGGAUUGUUCAUUUAGACAUGAAGCAUGUCAUGACUGACGGCAAUCACUGAGUGGGCCAGGGUAAUGGCAGGUCAUUUCCCUGUUCUCUCGAUUACCUGUCUGGUUAAGUAACUACUGUUGCUGUAUUCCCAACUCUGUCACAGUCUGCCUCAAUCAGCAGGAGAGAAGACCUGGCAGUCAGCAUUUGUGUUGCAGGUGGGCGUGGCAAUGAGCUCCAGCUGAUCCUGAUCCCGCUAAUCAGAGGGCCAGGGGAUUUAAGGAGUGGUGUGACACAACUCCAGCGUCGGUUGAUACUCUCACCAAGGGUAGCUUCUAGCCCAGUAUAUCUCCUGAAAUACCUGCAAACUUGUCCUAUGAAAUCCUGUGAGUUCUUGUUCCAGUAUCUCGCCUCGUAUCCUCUAACCACGCCUGGAGUUGUAUUCCAUGUCCCGCCAUUCAGGAUCCUCUGGCCUCCACUCUCUAUCGCUCACCUGCUUGCCAACCUACACCCUGGACUCAUACAACCAUCUCCUGACCACCUCCUCUUCAGUCAUUGGUUCUCUCACCUCUCCUCAACUGACCUUCACUCAGUCCACCACCGCUAAGCCCUGGUCUAUGACCCGUGCCCGCAACAUGACAGAAUCAACCGGCCAAACGAAUGCAACCCCUGAAGAACCACUUCCUGUCGCCAUCGCUUACACGUUGUCCCAGCACGAAAGAUCCAUCCGGUCAGUACUCGAACAGUUAUCCGGCAUUAAUCAAUGUCUUUUCCAGCUCGACACCGCCUUAUGCCAAAUGAAUGAGAAGCUCACGUCUCUGCUGCCUCCUCCCACUACUUCCGUAGCUUCGUCUUCACCACCACUUCCGGUUCAGCAGCUUGGGGUUAGUUUCCGGGUUCCAGAGUUGCCACAGCCUGAUACAUUCUCCGGCGAACCAGCUUUUCAACAGGUGGUGCUGGUUAAAGAAGAAGCUCUAGAAGAACAUAGCGCUGGUGACAACCAUCAGGACUUAGAUUUUCUCCACAUAAAGGAGGAACAGGAGAAACCCUGGCCCAGUAUGGAAGGGGUGCAUCUCCAUUUGAAAGAGGAGACUGAUGCUGCCAGGUUUCCAUUCACUGUUGCUUCUAUAAAGAGUGAGGAAGAUGAAGAGAAGCCUCUGUUCUCACAGCUUCAUCAGAAGCAAAUAGAAGACAGAGAUGUUUCAACCAGCAGCUCAGCUUACCAGACGAUAGCAGAAACUGGUGGACUAGAAACUAGCCGGAACCCAGAUCUGAACCCUCACGAACUGACUCCUGAUUCUUCAGAGACUGACGUUGGAGAUGAUGAUGAAGAUGCAAAUCUAGACUCUGAGCUGUCAGACUCUGGGUCUGAAACUGGAGACCGAGACAAUGACUGGAAUGAGAACAGGUGUUCUGAGUCAGAUUUUAGGACUGUCAACAAAUCCUUUUCUCAUAGGACACUUUUAAACAGUCACAUGAGAGUCCACACAGGACAGAAGCCUUUUGCUUGUGAGCUCUGUGGAAAGAAAUUUAGCUUAAAGUCAACUUUAAACAGACACAUGAGAGUCCACACAGGACAGAAGCCUUUCGCCUGUGAGUUCUGUAGCAAAAGAUAUAGCCAAAAGACAAAUUUAAACAGACACAUGAGAGUCCACACAGGAGCAAAGCCCUUUUCUUGUGAGCUCUGUGGGAAUAAAUUUAGUGAAAAGGGAAGUUUAAACACACACAUGAGAGUCCACACAGGACUGAAGCCUUUUGCUUGUGAGCUCUGUGGAAAGAAAUUUAGCUUAAAGUCAACUUUAAACAAACACACGAGAGUCCACACAGGAGAGAAGCCCUUUGCUUGUGAACUCUGUGGGAAUAGAUUUAGUGAAAAGGGAAGUUUAAACAAACACAUCAGAGUCCACACAGGACAGAAGCCUUUUGCUUGUGAGCUCUGUGGGAAUAGAUUUAGUGUAAAGGGAAAUUUAAACAUCCACAUGAGAGUCCACACAGGACAGAAGCCUUUUGCUUGUGAGCUCUGUGGAAAGAAAUUUAGCUUAAAGUCAAAUUUAAACACACACACGAGAGUCCACACAGGAGAGAAGCCCUUUGCUUGUGAGUUCUGUGGAAAUAGAUUUAGUGUAAAGCGGCAUUUAAACACACACAUGAGUGUCCACACAGGACAGAAGCAUUUUGCUUGUGAGCUCUGUGGAAAGAAAUUUAGCUUAAAGUCGACUUUAAACACACACAUGAGAGUACACACCAGACAGAAGCCUUUCGCCUGUGAGUUCUGUAGCAAAAGAUUUAGCCAAAAGACACAUUUAAACAAACACACGAGAGUCCACACAGGAGAGAAGCCCUUUGCUUGUGAGUUUUGUGGAAAAAGAUUUAGCGAAAAGAUUAAUUUAAAUAAACACAUGGGAGUCCACAAAUGACAGAAGCAUUUUGCUUGUGAGCUUUGUGGACGAAGAUUUAGCUGAAACAAAACAUUAAACAAUCAUCUAAGCAUCCACUAGGGCUGAACGAUCUGUUGCGGGGUCUCCAACCUUUUUUGGCCAGUGAGCUACUUUUACACCAUGAAAGUACAGCAGAGUUACUGCCAUAUGAUUUAGCCCAAAGGGCAUUGGAACCCUAUUGUUUUUCUACGGAUUUUUCAUUCAUUAUUCUUCUUCUCCGCUAAUACUGUAUGGGCGCAAGAGCCUGAAAUUGCCAGGAAAAUCUGACAUGGCAGUCUGAUAGAAAAUCCUGACCGCUACUCAGAUUCGAAAAAUUUGGACCCUGAGUCACCUAGGUGGCGCUAUUGCGGAGGUGAAGGCGUUUCAGCUACUAGCUCCCAAACCGUAGGUCGUACAGUCAAAAACUUUAUAUGCACAUGAUCCUUGGAAGAUUCUGCAUCUUUUUUGUAUUGGCCACGCCCAUUUCCGCCUACUAGAUUUUUUUGCUAGAUCGCAAAAAACACAAAACUUAGUUUUAAUCACCUAUUCGUCACUUUUUGUCAAACCAACUUCAAACUUUGUACAUAUGAUCUAUGGAUUAAGUUAAGUUGUUUUGAUGAAGAAAAAUGCGAAAUUAUUGAAAAUUGGGCUAAUGACCCUAUGUCAAAUUCAGUGCGCUAGCUAGCACAUGUCCUAAUUGAUGACAUCUUCACCAUUUUUCAAGAUAAAGUGAUGAGACUCUAGACCCUUACAAAGUGUGAGCGGUAAGCCCUAUCUACCAAAUUUUGUUUGGAUUCACCAAUAGGGGGCGCUAAAGAGUCAAAAAGUUUGUUUCAGCAAAAUUGCUCGAUGGAUUUCCACAGAACUUGGCAGAUAUGUUUAUCAUUGGACCCUUAAGUCAUAUUUUGAAAAUGAUUAAAAAGUGGGCGUGGCUUAUAGCCUUUAAAAUUUUUCGCCCUUUUACUCAUGAAAAAUACAUAUUCUAUACAGAAAGUUACAAUUCAUAUCAGUCAUCGUGAUACCUACAAUCACAGAAAAAAAUUGAAUUUUGUCCAUUAGGUGGCGCUGUUGUACCCCAAAAAUGUUUAUGGCAUGUUUCUCCCCAUUUCUUUCAUAAAAAAACAAAUGAUCUCAUCCUGCAUGUUCAUUGAGUCAGUCAAGUUUAGAUGAGUAUUUAAAAAAAUUUUUUAAACUUAUGCAAAUUAGUAGAAAUUUGCAUAGUAAGUCAAACCUACUUUCGUUAACUCCUCCCAGCCAUCAAACACAAUCACAUCACAACUUUGCCUGACAAGAGAGGAGGAGCGGCUGAAGGGAUUUUGGAUAAUUUGCCUUUUUUUUAAUAUGAUUUUUUAAAUAGUUUUUUUUUGGAAUGAAGAAGUUUUUUGGUAUAACUUCAAAACAUUUUGACAUUUUUCAUAGCUGUUCAUAACCACCAUGCCUAAGGUCAAUUCAAGUGUAUAUCUUGAUUUUCAACUUGAUUCAACAAUAGGGGACUCUAUAACUAGGAAGAAAUUAUACUGCUGAACUGGCUAAAUGGAUCUGCACGAAACUUAGUGGUUGUCAUUAUAGAGUCUUAAGACUACAUUAUCAAUAUGGUAAUGAUCAAUCAAAGUGGGCAUGGUUUAUAAUCAUUUAAAUUUCAAAUUUGAAAAAUUUCCUAAAAAUCAUUAUUUGCAUGUAAGAGGCUAAGAUUUUUAGGUUGUGUUAACUGGGUAGCCUUGAGCUUAUGUCACGAAAAUCGCAGCUCCACGAAGUGGUUUGCGCAUUAUAUUUACGGAAAUACAUUUUAGGCUAGCAGUUGUAGCGCAAAUUCUGUUAUCACAAUCUUAUGAAACACAUAACAUGUUGACUUGAUUUGAGCACCCCCUUGUGUUUAAUUAUAGGACUUAUUUUUGUUUACAGCCACUAAUGGAAAUAUUAUUUUAUUGUAAGAAAAGUUUAAAAUUUAUGAUCCCAACAAAAAUACAAACAGAAUUCUCGCAUCACAGAGGUAAUCUGGGAAUACUUUGAAAUUUUUGUACAAUAGCAUUGAUUUUUAAUGAAUUUUUUACUUUUUGCCAAUUUUUCUGUAUAGUUGGACAAAAAGUAAAUAAUUUUUGUUAGAAAGUUUUUUUUAGGUAUAAAGUAAAUAUAAAACAUUUAUAACAUUCCACAUGUACCUAUGGUGAUCUGCGAUUUUUCUAUUAAUUUUAGAAAGUAGCACUAUUUUUUUAUGAAUAUUUUAAUUUUUGCUGUGACCCUUAUAGUUAUAUUUACCAAUUUUUCUUCAAAAAAGCUUUGAGUCUACUGAUUUAAAAACAACAUCAUAUUAUUCCGCAUGUUAACAUUGCCAUGUGAGAAUAUUUUGGUAAUUUAAUGAUGGUCUAUUUAUUUUUCAGGAUUUUUUAAAAAACAUUUGAUCAGUAAGUCACAAAAUGAAACUCAGUUUUUGUUGACAAUCUAUUCAAUCUAUGGACAUUAUCAAGUAUUGAUGUUAUUCCUAUUAUACUCUUGAUGUAUAGAUUAUUGUUUGGUAAUCUUCAGAUCAAAUAUGGAUUUUAUAAGGAAGUUUUUGUUUUGGAGUCUUUCAUCCAUUCAACCACCCAGCCACACGCUGUUGGGAAUGAGCUACAAUGUAGCCACACCUUCCCUGGGGUGCACUGAGAGGCGAGGCAGCAUUUUCUGGUCAGUGUUGGGAUCGAUCCUUCAACCUAUCGAUUACCACACAUGCCGCUCCACUUCCUGAGCUAAUUCUGUCCCAUGCAGAACAUGAUUUUGCUCAUUAAAUCUUCACGUUCUUUGAUAAGGAAACAGUGGAAUUUGAUUGUAAUCACGAUUGAGUCAAGUUAGCCAUGCCUGUAAAAAAUUUGUAUAGGCUAAGAAAAAGGUUUCAUGACGUAUCCUGAGUGUUACUUUCAUUGCGCCGGUUGAAGUGAGCUGACGGGACGCCGGCGGGAGAACGUGUUUUUGGGGCGGGACCGCGUGAGGAAUGGCGAAGGUGAGGGCGGGGCCGGGUGGGCGACUGGCGCUGGAUGGCUUGGAAUCCGUUGAUAACUGCUUGCAGUUCUAGUUUACAUUGAUACUUUACAUGUGUGAAUGUGCUUAUGUUAAACAUGCUAUACUUACUAUAUUAACAUUCAUUGUACUCACAAGUUGAUUUCUCUGUAUUUCAGUACAUCCAGUGGCGGAGCUUGAUAUGUGCAAUAUGUGCGGCCGAACAGGGCGGCAGUCUGCAGGGGGCGGCAUUUAAUUUCCUUUUUUUUUUUUCUUCUAAAAAAAAUUUUUUUAAGCAUCAACCAAUACAUAAACAAAACAUAGAAAUCGCAUGUUCUUAAUAAUAGUGAUGAUAAUAAUACUAUUUCUGUAAUAAAAGCACAACAAAGUGUAACCCAUAUCAACUACUCCCUGUCACAUGACCCACGUCAGCUGAUGUGAGGUCCCUCUCCUGAUUGGCUCCUUCCACGUCGCGGCAACAAUGAAAGCUGGCUGUGGGGGAAUACUUCCGGGCUAAAAACAAAGCGUUUUUCUCCCCUCAAUUCAUUUAUACUCUCAUUUUACCUCAGCGGUAAGUGUUCUUAACAUCUACCAAUAACACCCUUUUACUUGUCAGUGACCAGUCGAUCGUUUUCGCUAUAAAAAAUGACCUUGUUCGGCGGAGUUCCCCCCGCGAGCAGAACUCCGGUUCAAAAACGCUGUUUUUGAAACACUUUUAUUUACUUAAGCACUUUAAUGGGCUUAACUUAAAACCAAGAGCAAUCGAAUGAUUAUUGUUAUGUGUUGCCUUGAAUUCGGCUAUGUUGUCUGUCAGACAGUUGCUUUCCUUUAUUGUUGUUUUUGUAUUUGUUUGUAGCAAACGCUACUGGAAUGUAUAGAUUAAGCUACGUAGCCAAGAUGAUUAAUAAUUGACCUGUUGUACAUUCGUGAUAUGUUUACCGGUAAACUGAAUCGAACUUGAUGUGCUAAUGAACGUUUCUCUGGCCUACAGGUCAGGUUUUUUUUCCCCAUGUUGAACUGAUCUUCUUCAUAUUGAAGUGGCGAGCUGGUAGGACCAUUCUUUCUUUUUGGAAUCGGGAAAUGAGCUAUUAUUUACCCCAUGAAAAACGAAGCGGCAGCGGGCUGCUGGAGGUGCCCUGCUAGUAAGAUCCCGUUUAAACUGAAAACUGCCAUAAAAUAAAAACUAUAAUAGCUAGAGCGUUCUUUUUUUAGCUGAAAGUUGAGACUCUCGCCUUUCAGCACAUCUGUACUGUACAAGUCGAUGAUGCCAUCAUGUUGCGUUAAGUGUGUCUAUUUCAGUAGAACUUUGACAAGUGGUGAGAAGGUGGCCAGGAGCUGGAUGUUGUAUUCAGUCAGCAAACGUUGUUAUAUAUAAUACACUCCACGCAAUUUGAAACAAAGUUGUAGGUGUAAUGUUUUUUCUUGUGUGUGUGUGUGUGUGUGGGGGGGGUCACAGGGGGAUCUCGCACAGGGCGCCAUUUAGGCCAGCUCCGCCUCUGAGUACAUCAGUAUAUAUAUUUUUUAAAAGUAUAAGUAAACUAGUGACAUUCUGAAAACCAAAUUGAACAAAACAUAUUUAGUUUUUUUAAACUAAUCAGAUACUUUCAGAUAAUGAAUAACAAAUUACAUCAUGUGAAUGGUUUGGUAAUUUUUUUAGAAGGUUAGUAACAUAACUUUUUAAGCACACAGGAGCAGCUAACCUGUAAAGCUGAUGAUAUUUUAUAUAAAAUACAAGCUAAAUGUGAUGAAAACACAAAAGUCUAAAUAGUUUGAAUUGAAAUAAAAAAUGUAAAAUCAGAAAUAAGACUUGUUCCUGCUCUCCUGAUUUAUUGAAUAAUUUUUAUGGGUUUUUUUGGUCAUGAAAGUUAAGUUUUGCUGCGUUUAUUGCUGACAGUGUGUAGGUUGGAGGUUUAUCCUUUUUUCUGCAUCUUGUAGGUUUAUUUUCUCUGCAGGUCUGAAAACUAAUUAAAAACUAAACUUUUUCAUGAUGCCUUCCAUUAACCUAUCCUUGCAUCUGUGGUCUACUAAAUCUUUAUCUGUACUGUGUAAAAUUUUUUCUAUAUGUAUUGUAUAUGUAAACCUAUUCUGUUCUGUUUUAUCUUUGUUCUAUAUUUUAAAGUAAAUAAUUGUACUUAGGGAUGGGUAGAUGAAGCCUCAUUCCGCUGCUGUUUUGCUCUAUAAUUACACAUACUGAACUUUAAAUAUGUUUGCCGGCAACAUACUGAAGACUCACAACAGACACGGAUUCAAUGACCUAAUCAUCCUUGUACACACUGUAAGCUAUUGUAGGCCUACUUCAUACGGUAUUAUUUUAAACUUCUACAUUUAAAAUAUAUACACCUCAAAAUAUUCUGUGAAUGAUACCAAGUGACAAUUAAAGUGACAGUGUUGUGAAUGUGAUAUUACCCAUUUCAGUGUCAUUGACUCAAAAGGUUUUUUUUUAAUAAAUUUUUAUUCAGAAAAAUAAGUUUAUCCAAUGUUUUGGCAUUUAGUCUAUUGCGUUUUUUGGACACAAUUUCACCAGCUUUUGAAAACACAUGUUCACAGAGCACAGAAGAAGCUGGGGUACACAAAACCUGUAAAGCCAGGUGGAAAAAGUUUGGGUAGGAUGUCUUCCGGUUCCCCCAGUAUGUUAACGGAUUUUCUGGUCUUGAAAUGUUUCCCUCUGCUAAGUAGCGCUGGACCUCAAUGAUAGUCAGCUGUUGCAUUGGUGGUUUGACUGCCAAACUCUUGAUCAAGCUGCUGCCACAGAUUAUGUGAAAUAAUAAAAAAUACAUAGAAGUUUUAGUUUUUGUCUUCUACUCUGUAUUAAUACACAUUAGCAACAAAACAAAUGUGAAAAUAAGCUGAUAAUACUGAACAACUUGCCUGAAAUGGGUAACUGCUCUGAUGAAAGUCCAGGCUGUGGCUCAGAUGUUGUGCGAGCAAUUACUGCAGCACACUCCAUUUUCAGGCGAUUGACAGCCUCACUACACUUUGAGGAACUACGAAAUCCGAGUGUUUUAAAUCUGGGGUCUAAAAGUGUUGAUAGGGUUGUUGAGGGUCUGCCCUCAUGAGGAAAUUACUAUGCAGUAAUUUCUCCAAAAGACUGUGUCAUCUGCGCUCUGAAAAGCAGAAUAUAUUCCAGCGCCAGCAGUGACUUCAUUUCCCAGGAUUCCCUGCUCCCGGAAGCGGCGUCGAAUACCGGAAACAAGUUCUGCGCAUGUGCUGGAGCUACACAGAGUUUCUCCCGCUGGACAGCGGAGUCUAUAAAUCCCAGCGAAAAAUGAAACUUAUCGUCUUUUGUUCCAGUUCAACUGGCGUGAAGAGGCACUCGUUUUCCAGCUCCGGACUCAGGCACGAGGCCUGACGGCUGAAAAGCAAUGGAAUCGCCAUCUGGUUCGUUUGAACUCAGAGGGACGCUUCGGGUUCAAUCAGAGAAGAGUUUUUUUUUUUCUUUUUCUCCUCUAUUUCUCUUUUUCUUCCAUUCUCUCUAAUAAAUUCAGAAUAAGCGGUCAACCGCGUGAUUGCUUCAAAAUAGAAAAACGGUCUCCCUUCCGUACCAAAAACACCAUCGGAUAAUCCAAGUAAGGUACGUUUGUUUUAACUGUUUAAUAUUCAGUGUUGGGAGUAACGCGGUACAAAAGUAAUUAACUACUGUAAUGCAUUGCUUUUUGCUGUAAUGUGGUAAUGUAAGGCAUUACAGGGAAAGAAAAUGGUUAUAUUUACUCGGUACAAUUGUCAGUAAAGCGGUAAUUACAAUGCAUUUUUAAACCUAGAAUCAAGACGCGGGUUUCCUAAAAAUUCUAAUUGCGGGAAGCCUGAAAAAAGAUCCAGUAUCUACAUAUAUUACGUCAUUUAUGGACUCAGCUUUGCGGGCAUUUUAUGAGCAGAGAGGACACAGCGGUAAUGGCUCAAAUACUCCAGCUGCGUCCUGCGCGCGGCCGCUGUUAUAUUCACAAAACCGCUCCACCAAAACAAAGUAAUUCGUUUGCGAUCGUUUAUAUCCGCCCAUAUUCUCUGGUACUUCAUGUAAUUUUCAGCUGAGUUCAUAAUCUGUGCACCGGUGAUUUCAACUCAUUGCUGCUGGAACGCAGCGCAAAGCUUAUUUAUUUAUUUUUGAGUUCGGUAGAUCCCUUUGGCUGGUUAGUUAGAAAGUAGGAAAUCUAGGAAACAGUUUUUCUGGAAGACGGAGAAAACAUGCAGCAUGCAGGAAGGUUAGAGAGAGAAAGGGCAGGAAAUUAUUCACAUAAAAUCAAGAAAACAAAACAAAGUGCUUGAAAAGAAAAAAGUAGGUAGAUUUAUCCCCAAUACACAUUUUUACCAGUGAAAAGCAAUCAUAUAUAAGCAUUUAAUAUUUAUACAUGUGACAGAAUCAGAUCACCUCAGAAGACAGUCCCACAUCCAGGGCCAUAUCAAGGCAUUUGGGGACCAAGGCAAAUAUAGGCUUGGAGCCCCCACCACCUCACUCCCUGCUCAGUUAAUAUAAGAUGGCAGCGUGCUGAGAGUACAGAUUGUUGUUGCUUUCAUUUAAUAAACAAUCAUUUUAAAGCAC